CCACAAUGACCCUCCUGAAGCAGUUUACGAUCAGCGAGCUGUCUCAACUCGCCCACAAGAGCAACUUGCAUCUCUUGAUCCACGGCAAAGUGUACGAUGUCCACGACUUUGUCCACGAACAUCCGGGAGGAGACCUCGUGCUACUUGGCGAGGGUGGUCGCGAUGCCACCAAGGCGUGGGAUGACGUCCAGCACUCCGACGAGGCGAGGGAGUUGAUGAAGGACUACUUGGCGCACCUGCUCUAUGCCACCAGCGUGGCCCCCGACGAGGCGCACUCGGUGUGGUAG